UCAGCUGUGUUUACAUUUUGUCGGGACCGUCGCGCGGGUUGCGAAUUGGAUUAUGGGAACCCAUUAUCAUAGAAUUUUACAGAUAUUUCCUAAAGGGUACAGUCUUGCCUUUGCCUAUGGAUCGGGUGUCUUCAAGCAAAUCGGACACAAGAGUGUUAGGGAUAACAUGAUGGAUUUCAUCCUGGCUGUGAAAGAUCCACAAGAAUGGCAUAAAGCAAAUAUGGUACUCAACCCAAAGCAUUACUCUGCUCUUCGAUAUGGUGGACAUCACUUUGUGGCCAAUGUUCAGGAGAAUUGGGGGGCCAAAGUAUACUUCAAUACUCUUGUGCCAACUCAUGAAGGAAUGAUUAAGUAUGGAGUGAUAUCUCACAAAAGUUUAGUCACUGACUUGCUCGAUUGGGAUACCAUGUAUGUAGCUGGCCGGCUGCACAAACCUGUUCUUAUGCUACACCUAGCACCUGAAGAAGAGGAACUUCGCAAUGCCCUGAAGAUAAACUUAUAUGCAGCCUUACAUACUGCAUUGCUGAUGCUUCCAGACACUUUCAGUGAAGAACAACUUUAUUUAAUACUGGCAGGACUAUCAUACUCUGGUGACUUCCGUAUGCAAGUUGGAGAAGACCAGAAUAAAGUUCGCAAUAUUGUUCGAGCACAAACACAAGAGUUUCAAACUUUGUACACACCAAUCUUAAAAGACCUUUCAGAAUAUGCCCUAGUCGACAGAUUUAAAGGCAUGGGAGAGCAGGACACUUCCCCUCCUGCCAGGCUACACCACCUCUCCAUGCUUCCUAAAAAGCUUCAGCUGUUUUUGAUAAAAGAGUGGAACAAGGAUGGAAGAAGUAGAGACAUGGAAGACGUUCUUCGUGCUGCUGCUCACGAUCCAGAUGUUGGUGAUGUCAUUGUUAAAGGGAUUCAGGAUAUAGUGAAGACUUCCAGCAUAACACAGAGUGUGAAGGGAAUUCUAACUGCUGGGGGGAUCAAGUCAAUAAGAUACUCGUGGGCCAAGAUAAAGAAGAUGUGGAAGAGUCUAAGAAGAUAAUGCUAAAACUAAUUAAUGAAAAAUUACUGUAAAUAACAUUUUCAGAUAUUUUGUCAAUGAAUGUAUGUAAGUUUGCAACAAGGCAAAAAGCUUGAAAGAGGACUCGCUGGUCAUAGUAAUCACAGUGUGGUCUGGAAUUCUAAUAAGUCAGUAAUUUAAACUGAAAAUAAAAAACUCUGUGUGAGAUUUUACUAUUGUACAAUUUGUCAUAUCUUCAUGUAUAAAUGCAUAUAGGAUAGUAAAACUUUUAAAUCUAA